UCUCGCCGCCUCCAUCCGCGGUGAAGAAAGUAAGCAACAUUUUUUCCAUUCUUCACUCUGCAUCUUACAGCCGCCUCCAUCAAGGUAAAAAGUUGCAUUAGGGCUACUUCCGAUUCAAAUGGCUCCAGCUAAAGGUGAUGCAGGUAAGAAGUCAGACGCCAAGGCUCAAGCCUUAAAGGCGGCCAAGGCUGUAAAAGCAGGUGCAACAACCUUUAAGAAGAAGGCCAAGAAAAUACGCACUAAAGUUACCUUCUAUCGGCCGAAGACAUUGACAAAGGAAAGGAAUCCCAAGUAUCCUCGUAUUAGUGCUGUUCCUCGCAACAAACUUGACCACUACCAGAUUCUUAAAUACCCUCUCACCACAGAGUCUGCAAUGAAGAAAAUUGAAGACAACAACACACUAGUUUUCAUUGUUGACAUUCGUGCUGAUAAGAAAAAGAUCAAAGCCGCUGUCAAGAAAAUGUAUGACAUCCAGACGAAGAAAGUGAACACCCUUAUCAGGCCGGAUGGAACUAAGAAGGCAUAUGUUAGGUUGACACCUGAUUAUGAUGCACUGGAUGUUGCUAACAAAAUAGGAAUCAUCUAAAUGGUAGACGAUCAAUUUUUUGCAUCUAAGCCUUUCUUUAGGGGAUUGGACCAGAAUACUUUCAAUUUUGUACUCCAAAGUUUGUUAUUUGAUUUAGAUGUUGGAGCUUUAGACUGAAUGGCGCAAGUUAUGGAGAGAUUUUGAUUAGAUUGACUUAGUUUAUUUAUUUUUCCAUGGUUUCUGCCAUUUUCAAAUCCUUUUAAAUCUGCUUUCCAAGAUACACUAGUUCUAUUACUAUAAAGAUUCUUUGCAUAUCUUUUUCCUAUUAGAA